CAGAUCUCACAGAUGCCGACUUGUAUGUGCCACUACUUUCAAAGCGGGCAACAAUGGCUUCCCACUCUCUUCCUCCUCUCCCCGAGCAACGCAUCAUCGUACUCCCUCUCUCUCUCCCUCCCACCCCCCUGCAAAUGCGUACUUGUUCUUCAGUGGGCUUUGGUGGGACUUGCUUGGAUUACCUUGCUGUUGUAGCAAAUUUCCCUAAACCCGACGACAAAUGUCGAAGCAGGAGCAUGAAGAUGCAAGGUGGAGGAGAUGCAGCAAACACUCUGACUUGCGCGGCUCGUUUGGGUUUGAACCCGAGGCUCAUUUCUAAGAUUGCUGAUGACAUGCCGGGCUCGAGCAUACUGAGGGAACUAGAAGCCGAUGGCGUAGAUACUUCUGUUCUCGUGGUGGCUAAGGAGGGCGUGACACCGUUUUCCUACGUUAUUGUUGAUCAGAAAACGAACACCCGGACUUGCAUUUUCACCCCGGGGCAUCCUCCUCUGAAACCAGAUGAUCUUUCCCCAUCGAGCUUGGAAGAUGCAAUGAGAGGUGCAAGUGUUGUCUAUUUCGAUGGGAGGUUGCCUUAUACUGCUGCCUUUGUCGCGCAAGAGGCUGCACGGAGGAAUAUACGUAUUCUGCUAGACGCAGAAAAGAAGAGAGAAGGAUUAGAUGAUAUUUUGGUCUUAGCUUGUUACGCUGUUUGUGCAGCGAAAUUUCCGCAGGCUUGGACAGAGGCCCCAACAAUCGGGAGUGCUCUAGUUUCGAUGCUGUUGAGGUUGCCGAAGUUGAAAUUUGUGAUAGUGACUUUGGGCGCAAUGGGUUGCAUAAUGCUCGAGAGAAUCGAUAUUGAGCAGCCACCAACUGAAGAAGUCGACGUAGAUUGCUUACUAAGGUCACUGGAGCAAAGAAGAGAAAGUACAGUUACCACCCCGAUAUGUAUCACGUCGGAAGUGAUGAACAUGGGAGCAGAAGGAAUAGGGACAGUGCACGGGAAAUUAUUCUUGGGAACAGCGGAGAAGAUACCGCCUUCUGAAUUAGUCGACACGACUGGUGCCGGUGAUGCUUUUAUCGGGGCCGUCCUUUAUGGUCUCUGUGCUGAAAUGCCACCUGAAAAAAUGUUGCCAUUCGCUGCAAAAGUGGCGGCUUCUUGCUGCAGAGCUCUCGGAGCCAGAACUGGUCUGCCACAUCGAACAGAUCCGUGCCUCGCCCCGUUCCUGCAAGAUGGGCGUAUGCAUAACACGACUAAAUGCGCUUCUAACAUUUCUGAUUGAAGAGUCCCUUCUGGUGAAAUUCGUCCAACACUUGUUGUACGAUGCUGCUUGUCCUCAAAAGCCUCACGCAAUCGUCCCAUGAAUAAAGUUGGAUUAGCUUAUAAUAUGACAGUCAGGAGAUGAACCAUUAGUUCGUGUAAUUGUCUUCUUGCUGACGUAUGUGUGAAGUUCCGCUGGCUGUCAUCUUCAAAGUAUAAACUCUUUUUGCGUGUCCAGGUCGAUGGAUUGACAAGGAAUGAAAUGGUGGAAUGAGGAUUUCCUUUUCAUUUCAUCAUACUGAACAUGUACGAGAAGUUAUACUUGAAGAGGCCCUUUUCUUAGGCCUUAUUCGGUCUCGUGAAAAUUGUAAGCCUGUAAACAUUCGGUUCUAAGAAAUAAUAAAACUUUCCGCGACAAUUCUGCAUUC